ACUCCUGUCUAGUCGAAGUGGUAAACGGCGAGUGGGGAAGGGGAUCCCGAAGCGGGGCAGAAGCGCAGUCGCCAGUCACUAGUCAGUGGAGUACAGGAUGCGGGACGGUACAGCCAAAAUGGCCGAGCUCCAAUUCGAGGCCCCGCUCGCAAGGCUCGAGGAAGCCGAAGACUGGGGCCAGGUGCCCGAAAUGAAGCAGGAGCCGCAGGUGAGAAGCGCCUCCCAGACGGAGGAGGACCUCAACUCGAAUAACGUCGGGGGCGGAACCGGCCCAGAGACGGACAACAGGGCACCCCUCCUGAAGCAGUGCCUAUGCUCUGUCGAGACCAACAACCCCUCCGACGCGGACAAUUUCACGGAAACUUUCUCCGGGAGUCUCGAAGAUCUCGUCAACACCUUCGACGACAAGAUCACCAGGUGUUUCUGCAAUUACGACGAAUCCGUCGAAAAACUGGCACCCGUUCAAGUCAGGACGCAGGAAGAGAUAAUGAAUGAAUGCCAAAUGUGGUGGACAAUUACUGGUAAUUUUGGCAAUAUUUUACCAAUUGACUGGUCAAAAUCUUAUGCAAGGAAGUUGCACAUGCCAGCUCUAAAUCUCAAUGAAAACAAGGACAAAAUGAUUGAUGAUGGAGAAUUAAGCAGUGAAGAUGAGGCUGUUGCUAGUGAUCUUGACAUGCAUUCCCUUAUCCUCUCAGGUUUUACACAAGAUACAGAACCUGUAAAAACUGCAGAUGAAGUGAUACGUGAAAUAGAUGAUAUCAUGGAGGAAACAUCUAGUGAUUGCACUCCUGAUGCUGAAACAGCUGAGGAAUCUUUGCAGAGGAAAGCUAAGCAAGUCUUGCACUCACCACUUUACCAUGAUAAACUAAAAACUCUUACUGUGUCACAACUCAAUGAACUCUUUAUGGAACUUGAACUUUUAAUAAGAGAUUAUUCUGAAACUUUGAUAUCAGAACUUGCUCUAAGAGAUGAACUGGAAUAUGAAAAAGAAUUAAAAAAUUCUUUCAUUUCACUCUUGCUGGCUGUGCAAAACAGAAGGCGACAACAUCAUGUUGAAAAGAAGAAAUCAAAAUUGCCAGGAAACAGGCAAUCAAUUUCUGAUUCAAAGUAUCUCACGACUGUCAUUCCAUACCACAUGGACACUGGUCCGUUGGAUAAUCAUGCUUUACAAGUAUUGAUCAAGAUUUUGAAAGCUAUUAAUGAAGAUAGUCCCACUGUCCCUACCUUAUUGACAGAUUAUAUCUUAAAAGUUCUUUGCCCAACAUAGAUGAUUUUUCAACCAGAAGGUGCAUAUUCUUCAUUCAGGAGUUGCUAGUAGAUACCUUCAAAGGUAUACUUUUAAGAUCUAUAAUUAAAAAAAAAAAAAAAUCAAAAACAUACUUGUAUUACAUUAUAAUUAUUUGCCUGUGAUUUCACUUUGCAAGUCCAUAAGAAAAAUUAAAGAAAAGGUGGACACUGUAAAAACAAGAGAAAAACUAAACAUCAUCAUUAUAGGAAACCUAAUUAAAAGAGGAGGAUGGAAAAAUAACUUACUGUA